AUGGGGAGGAUAGAUGACGUAGCGCGCAUAAGAGCAGCAAGACCUUUAUGUAUUUUACACGCUACUGUACCGCCAGGGGCAAAUCAAGUGGAGCACUCUAUGUUAGUAGUAGGAUCCGGAAAUGGUGUUGAUGUGGAAAGCGCUGCUCCUACUUCCACGCAGUCACAAACGAAACACAUGAAAAGCAGACGUCCCAAAACAGGGCGAAUGCGACGAAAUCGUGUAUCUCCUACGCCUGUGAUUAACGCGGGCAGCCCGUUGCAACAUUGGGCGACAGCACCUCUUUCCCGGCUAUCAAAACUUAUAAGAUCGUCAAGCGCAUCGACUGCCUCCCUCCACUCACAGACGUCCACUGAUGAAUCUGAUCGAUUAACACAUCAACGUUACUAA